CACACUGAUUGGCCCAUAUUUCGCAUUCUCCGACACAUGCCAACCUUAAUUAAAACGCGUGACGUCAGUGCGGAGGACGCGUCGAAAAAGCAUAAAUUGCUGCAAAGACCGCUCCGUUCCUGUCCUCUCCCAACACCGAAACAGGUACAGAAUUGGAUGCAGGCUCGAUUGGAGGAAUUCUGCAUUGAAUUUCUUCGUGCAGUGAGUGAGAAUGAGCGGAUGAGUAGUGUAAAUCGCCUUUCGUUCCCGAAACACGCGAAAAGAUGCGCUCAAAUGUUUCGCCUCGUGGAUUUGCUGCACCAAGCGAUCAACAACAACACUGUGCUGCAAUUGAGAGAUAUUUAUUACCACGAUGUCGGCUUGUUCGAGCGACAAAGCACGGUAGACGCGCUCGUCCGGGAGCUAACAAGGACAUUCUGCUGCUCGCGGAGCGAAUUGCAUGUCACAGCAGCUGGAAAAGGGCUCGUGUACGGUCCAGUAACAAUUCAUACUAAACUAGACACUAUUUCAUGCAUGAGCAAGCCAUGGAUCAUUCAAUACUCCCUCGAUAUCCAGUCUAUCCGAACAUCAGCGGACACACUGGUAAUCGUGGAGAAAGAAGCCACUUUCCACACACUUAUCGACGCCUUUCCGCUUCCUAAUGUGGUUUUCGUUACAGCCAAAGGUUUUCCGGACUUGAGUACGCGCCAGUUCAUUUCACUCUUUGUACAAGAAACGGGUGUACGGCGGGCGUACGGGCUCUUCGACUGGGAUCCAUAUGGUGUUUCCAUCUACAUGUGCUACAAAUACGGAUCAAGCGUAACUCGUAAUGAAAACAUGUGCACCACUAAAACUUUACAACCGAUCGGACCGUUUUACGAAGACUUUAAGCAAUUAGAUGAGCAAUUCAUGCUUCCCAUCACUACAAGAGACUUUCGCAUUGCGAGCAAUCUGCUACGAACCAUACGUCCUCUCCAAGAACCGAUUGUUGUGCGAGAACUUCAAAAAAUGUUAUUCUUAGCUCGAAAAGCAGAGAUACAGGGCAUUCCAAACGUCAAGACUUGGCUUUCGAAGAAAAUAUCGCAAUUACCGUUUAGUACAGAAAUCCCGUCGUAA